GCUGCGCGUCCGUCUGGCCUCGACUCUUUCUCGCUUCUCCCAUCUUCAGCACGGUCUGAGAUGGCUGGCGGUAAGGCUGGAAAAGACUCCGGAAAGGCCAAGACAAAGGCGGUUUCCCGCUCGCAGCGAGCCGGCUUGCAGUUCCCUGUGGGCCAUAUUCAUCGACACCUGAAAUCUAGGACAACCAGCCAUGGACAUGUGGGCGCGACCACCGCUGUGUACAGCGCAGCCAUCCUGGAGUACCUCACCGCAGAGCUCACUAUCCGUGGAGAUGAAGAAUUGGACUCUCUGAUCAAGGCUACAAUUGCUGAAGGUGGUGUCAUCCCGCACAUCCACAAGUCUCUGAUUGGGGAGAAGGGACAACAGAAGACCGUCUAAGGAUGCCUGGAUUCCUUACUAUCUCAGGACUCUUGUUCUUAACAGCUGUCCAGUGUUGGUGAUUCCAGUGGACUGAUCUCUGUGAAAAACACAAUUUUGCCUUUUGUAAUUCUAUUUGAGCAAGUUGGAGGCUUAGUUAGCCUUCCAAACCAACCAAAUUUCUGCAU